ACGGGGCAAGGAUUUGAACCGCUUCUCAUAAAACUGCCUGUGAGCUGCCCCCGCACUUGUGGAUUUCCAACUGUCUUUAACUACCUUUUAAUUCAUCUCAUAUGAGAACUUACAAGAAUGUAAACAAACAAAAAAGAUAGCGUCAAAGCCAGAACAGGAGACUGGAGCCCCAUAGGCUGUCCACCAAGCAGCACAGCUUGGAAACCACUGCCUUCCCCUGUCAGGCACUGCAAAGACACCAGCUCCUUCUCUCACUGCUCCAAGCCAGCUCCCAUCCCCAGGAGCCUUUCCUGCCUUCUAACUGUCAGGGGCAAGACCACACAUCCAGACCGAAGUACUCUGUCAAAGCAUUCCCACCAGGCCAGUGUCCUACUCCUUCAAGACCUUAAGGUUUAAUCUGAUUAAAAAAAAAAAAAACUUCUGAGCUGUUCAUGGGAGAUAAAGCCUAAUGGCCCAAGGCUGCAGAGAGCCCAGCCCUGAGACCACACUGUGGGGAGAGCUGGAAGACAAGGUGUUAUCAGUGGCAUGUCCAAACCCAAAGUCAGAAGAGGAAUAAGUUACAAGUGGUCAAGACUGUGCCCUCUUGAGCCCAGAACUUGCUGGUGAGCUGAGAGGGUCCUCUAGCUCCAGUCUAGCCAAGCAACAUGGAGAAAAUUAGCUCCUUCUUCAGCGCCAUCUGGGACAUCAUUUCUACCAAACACCAAGAGGGUAUUUUCAACACCAUCUGCCUGGGGGUCCUCCUGGGACUGCCAUUAUUGGUGGUCCUCACACUCAUCUUUAUUUGUUGCCAUUGCUGCUGGAGCCGGCCAGGCAAGAGGGGACAACAGCCAGAGCAGAACAAGAAGAAGAAAAAGAAGAAGAAGAAGAAGGAUGAAGAAGACCUCUGGAUCUCUGCUCAGCCCAAGCUUCUCCAGAUGGAGAAGAGGCCAUCACUGCCUGUCUAGCUAGAGGCUAAGCCUCCUUCCAACCACACAGGGUAGGAAGAAGGAGUCCUUGAAGUGACACUCUCAUGCCCACAGAGUUACUAUUAAACCAAGGAACAAAACUCAGACUGAGUAGCACUCCCAGAGGAGCACAUGGACAAUUCUUGGGCACUGUCUUGGCAGCUAUAUGUCCGAUGGCAAUGCUCUUUACAGCAGUUCCAGGUAUGCCUUCUAUCUGCCUCCAGCAUACCCCAUAUGCAAAAGCACAAAGAACAUCCAUCCAUGGGUCUUGAUAUGGCUCCCAAGUGUGUGUGCAUAUGUGCACAUACACAUUCAGGUAACAGGUACAUGGGCAAGUAUAUUCUGCUCACCAAAUUGUCAUUGAAUG